AUGUCGCUGUCUGUGGCCAGCCGUCGUCGCCACCAGACGACAAACGCUCCAUCGUCCACUAGUAGCAGCUCCUCCACCUCCUCCUUCUCAUCAACUCCUGGUGGCCGCUACCACCUGCCGUUGUCUGUGCGGAAGCAGCACUCCUUCAUCGAGCCAACGGCCAGGUUCACGGCCCAGCAGCGAGGAUAUCUCUCGCGCGGCCUCUCCGUGGGCAGAUCCAUUGAGAAUAUCCGCCAGAAGCUAUAUCCUGGCAGCAGGCAGACUUCUCUGGCCGUUGAGGAGUCCACGGCAAGGAUUGCUCCACGCAUCACCGCCUCACAGGUCCAGGGAUUGAGGCUGAGGGACAAGAGCCUGGUGGCUUGGUCAUCCACUUCAUCGCUGUUAAAGGAUCAGGAGCCGGAGAGAAAUACCCAGGCUGAGCAGCCGGAGGGCAAGAUCAGCGCCAAGGCGGACAAGAAUCGCAUAAAUCUAAAUAUAGUUUUGUCCCAGACAAUACGGGCCACCAACGAGCGGGAGCAGGAGCAGGAGCCGGAGCCGGAGCUGGAGCAGGAUCCUGACCAGGAGCCGGAGCAGCAUCAGACGCUAAAGCCUGAAAGCCUCCCUGCAGAGAUCCCUUUGAGCAUCUCGCCGGCCUUGACCAUCCAGCGGCGUCCGCCCCUGGUGCGUGCUAUGUCCGCUCCGGUCCGUGGUCUGGACGAGAGCAGCAAGGGUGUCAUAGCGGCCAGCAAGCGGAGUCAGCAGAAGCUGCGUCGUCGGAAGAUCUUCACCAGGACACCAUCUACCUCGGUGGUAACGGGCGGUGCAGCCUUAGAUGUCCUCGGCGGCGAUUCAUCCUCCUCGGGAGGAGGAGCAACGGGUUCCGGUAGCUCAUCAAAAAAGGCUCUGAAUCGUGCACGCAGCGUGGUGGCCCCCGAUGUAAUCACUCUGGUCUCCCUGCUGAGUUCCGAGGGCAGUGAUUCCGAGCGGGAGGACAACUGUUCCACGGUGGUCUCGUCGCCACCAGCUGGCGGGGCAGAGAAACAGCAGCCAGGAGCCGGAGGGCAGCGAAGGGCGCCGCUCUUAAGGAAGACGGGUAAAUCGGUCUCGUUUCAAGACAGCUAUCCGCCCACCUUCCAGCUGGCCUCCAAGGAGUACUCGCACAUGAUCCGACGCGGAUCGAUAGCCCCUCUGGCCGCCCGCAUUCGCGCCAACCGUCCACCCACAGCGCCGCCCGUUUCCAUAUUCCUAACCGACGUGGUUGUUGGUGGCGUUCCAUCGGGCAAGAUGGAUCAGCAGCAGCAGAAGAAGGAGGACGAGAUUCCCCUAACGCCACCCGAUGAGGCCAAGAAGGAGAACAACAAUAAUGCGGCCAAUUGUGAGGAGCAGCCACAGGCCCAGCCGGAUCACAAUUAUCCAAACUAUGUGCGUAGCAUCAAGGAGCGCGAGUGCUGGAAGCUCCAUCAGAAGAUGGGAGCCAAGGGAGUGAGUGUGAGCUACGAGACCGUGCUCAGGGGCAUGUUGACGCCCACAGAGUUCCGGCACUACCAGAAGCAGCGCGAGCAGGAGGAGGCUCGUGUCCUGGAGGAAGCUGAGGCCGCCGAGGCAGCCGCUGCAGCGGCCAUCCUGGAGAGCGGCGACAAGGAGAGCCGCAAGGCGCCAGUCACGGCCAUGGAACGUCUCUCGGAGACCCUGCUCCAGAGCAAGUAG